UUAAUAUUAAAUCAGUUUUGAGGACCGCCAUGCUUACAAUUCUAUGGCGGAGUGUUCAGAGGAAAAGGUCAAAAUACCCGUCGGAGAGAAGCGGCUGGAUGCUGUGAUAACUUUCACGGAUAAGGUGUCCGAUGUUCGGACCGCGGUAGUUCUGACCCACGGGGCCGGCGGAGACAUGAACUUCAGGCACCUGGUGUCGCUGGCGCGUGCCGUGGCGGCGUCGGGGCACAUCUGCGUGCGCUUCACCUGUAAAAGCCUGAACCUGCCGUACAGAGUGAAGGCUUACGGAGCCGUGGUGACAUAUUUAAAAAGCCAUGGCAGAUUCACACUGACAAAACUAUUCCUCGGGGGCCGGUCCAUGGGUGCGCGUGCAGCCGUCUCUCUGGCCAGGCAGCUGAGCGAGGAGGGCGACGAGUGUGUGUGGGGCGUGGUGUGUGUGUCCUUCCCCCUCCACCCCCCUGCUCAGACACACACACACACACACCAGGAGCGCAGCCAGGACCUCCGGGCACUAUCCCAUCAGCCCGUGCUCUUCAUCUCAGGCACCGCUGACAACAUGUGUGAACGGAAGCUUCUGGAAGAGUUGGUGCAGGAUAUGCAAGCCCCUGCAGCUGUGAGAUGGAUUGAGGGGGGGGGGCAUGGACUCGCUGUCAAGGGGCGACCCGAGGAGGCCGUGCUAGAAGAGGUCAACACACACAUCACGGAGUGGAUACAGCAACAGCUGUCUGAUUGACCUCCACACACAUCACGGAGUGGAUACAGCAACAGCUGUCUGAUUGACAUCCACACACACACGUCACGGAGUGGACACAACAAUAGCUCUUAGAUAAACAUCACCACACACACACACAUCACAGAGUGGAUACAGCAACACCUCUCAGAUAAACAUCACCACACACAUACACAUCACAGAGUGGAUACAGCAACAGCUCUCAGAUAAACAUCACCACACACACACGUCACAGAGUAACGGGGUCAUAAGCUAAUGAGGUCAAUACCCCACACUACAAGGCACAUGUCUGACAGCAUGCAGAAUGAGAAUCACACCUGAAACAAGCAAAGGCUGAAUCCUGUUAUAUAAUGUGAAAUUAUGUAAAUUAUAUAAAUAAACAACCAACUGUAGCCUAUAGGACAUAAGGUGUAAUGAAAGGAGUGAAUAAAGAUGAAAAUCUGAUGUAGGCCACAUUUUAAAAGGUAUAAAAAAACGGAUCUGAAGAUUUGCGGUAUGAAGGGGGUUUUAGAUUUGCGUCGGGCGCAAGAAUUUAUGCCGCCAGCAUAAUAGCAACAGUGCUCGAGGUCCACCCACAAAGCUACUUGCGUUUCGUGUUUGAUACUUGCAUUUCAGAUCGUUAAAAUAGGGCCCUCACUCGAUCAAUUGGCUGACGACUAACAAAAUGCCUUAUGUAGCCAGAUGAUUUGGCGAAAUUGUCACAUCAUACCAUAUCAUAUCACGAAAAUUGACUUUUUGUCACAUCCAUAACGCCAGUGAAAUGCCUUGGCAUUUGUAUUCUCUUGUGUAAUUUGUGUUGGUUGUGUUCAUACUGAAUAAAUGUUUUUUGGUUUGUUUUA